AUGGCCAAAAUAAAAUCAAUUGAAUACUUCCGCGUUAAGCCGCGCUGGCUCUUUGUCAAAAUCACCGAUGAAAACGGUGCAUAUGGCUGGGGUGAAGGCACACUUGAGGGCCAUGACCUCGCCGUCGAGGGCGCUCUGGACGAGAUGAUUACUCGAUUGAUUGGAUAUGAGGCUGAUGAUAUUGAGCACAUCUGGCAAACAAUCUGGCGUCUCGGAUUUUACCGUGGCGGUCCCGUCUUCAUGUCUGCUCUUUCCGGUAUUGAUAUUGCACUCUGGGAUCUGAAGGGACGCAAUCUCGGUGUUCCAGUCUACCAACUCCUUGGCGGAAAAGUGCGAAAUAAGGUGCAGGUAUACGCUUGGAUUGGUGGUGAUCGUCCCGCUGAUGUCGAAGUUGCUGCCAAAGCACGAAUCGCUCAAGGCCUGAAAUGCGUCAAAAUGAACGCCACCGAAGACGUAAACUGGGUCGACUCUCCCUCCGUCCUUGACAGCACCGUCGAGCGCCUCAAGACCGUCAAGGCCCUCGGUCUCGAUGCCGGUCUCGAUUUCCACGGCCGUCUCCACAAGCCCAUGGCCAAACAACUCGCCAAAGCCCUCGAGCCGCAUCGCCCUCUCUUCAUUGAAGAGCCUCUGCUCUGCGAACACCCGGAAGCUAUCAAGCAAUUGAGUGAAUUGACCACAAUCCCCAUCGCAUUCGGUGAGCGGUUGUACACUCGAUGGGACGUAAAGCGGUUCUUGGAAGAUCACUCCGUCGAUAUUCUACAACCGGAUAUCGCGCAUGCAGGUGGUAUCAGUGAGACGCGCCGCAUCGCCACUAUCGCCGAGGCGUACGAUGUCGCUAUUGCGCCUCACUGUCCUUUGGGCCCCAUCGCGCUCGCUGCAUCCAUCCAGGUUGCGCUCAACACACCCAAUUUCGUAAUUCAAGAAAUGUCUUUGGGUAUGCACUACAACGUCGAAGCUGGAGAUAUCGAUUUGAAUACAUACCUUAAAGAUCAGACUGUCUUUGCUAUUGAGGAAGGGUAUGUUAAGGCGCCUACGGGUGCGGGAUUGGGUAUUGAGAUUGAUGAGGAGUUGGUGAGGAAGAUUUCAAAGGAGACGGAGCCGUGGCAGUGUAAAGAGUUUUAUGGUCCAGAUGGAGGGAUUCGCGAGUGGUAG